AUGCCCGUACAAGUACCCCCAGCUGAAUGGGAAUUAACACCUGAUGAAAUAAAAUUAAUUCAAAAACGUGCACAAUUACGUUCAGCAACUAAAGCAGAAUUUCUUAAACGUUAUAGAAAUCCAUUUUAUAAUAGUGUACCUGGUCAUUUUGUUGAUCCACAAAAUACUCGACUCUAUGCUUAUCAACAAAAUACUUAUCGUUAUUUAUAUACAUCACCACGUAUACUUCUCGCACCUGCACUUUUUCUUCUAGCCGGUGGUUUACUUCAAUAUUUUGCACAAAAACAUCGAAUCAAAUAUAACGAUGAAUGUAAUGCAGGAAAAGUUCCAUAUGCAAAUCGACCGGACUUUAAAGCUUAUUUUUAA